AUGUGGUCUGUCAUUCGCAAAGAACAAGGCCUCUCACCGAAUGUUUCCGCCUACGACGAAAAAACCCCGCAGGAUCGCCGUGCACUUCAUCAACGUGUGAUAGUUUUACACGAGACCCGGCCCUUCACGCCCUAUAUUAAUCCCAAACUCUACACCCGCGCGUAUGGCGACCUCAACUACGACAAACUCGCCCGAUGGCUCCACGCGGACGAUCCCGGGAUGCGUUUGCAGGCGAUUAACCAUCUUAUUGAGCUUUAUACCGAAAAUCGCGAGCAUUGUGUGCGGAGUUUAAAUUAUGAUUUAUUGCCCGGGCUGAUUGGGAUGCUCGGGGGGGAUCCGGUGGAGGAGAUUCGCGGAUUAUGCGCGUCCGCGUUGACGAUGUUGUUAAACGAGCCCACCACGCAAUCCCGGGUGGAUCGCGAGGGGUGGGUAAAAUACCUUUCCGGUAUUAUCGCCGCGACGCGAGAUCGCUCGGAUGGGGUGGUGGUGCUUUCCCUCCGCGCCCUCGCUGCCUGCCAUAUUCAUUAUAACCAUUUUUUACUCACGGAGCUGCUUAUUACGGAACUUAAUGGGGUAGAAUUGGUGAUGAAGUUAAUUCAAUCCUCCCCAAACGCGACCGUCCGCGCGGUCGCGUGCGGGGUUCUGACGAAAAUGUUCGACGUCGGGGAGACUUUUGCGCGGUUCGCGCGCCUCCGUGGGGUUGAAAUUUUAACGCAAACCAUUUCCGAGGCCGCCGCGGAGGAUGCGAUGCUGCUCGCGGGCGCCGCCGAGGUGAUUUCGCGCGGCUGCGAAUGCCCGCCCUGCCGCCACGAGGCCGUCCAUCACGAAACGAUGAAAGUUCUUUUUCCCCACCUUGCGCAUGGUGAUUUGCUCGUCCGGGUCGCCGUCUCCGCCGCGCUCGCGCAGAUUACACUUCUGGAAGAGGCUAAGAUGCAGGCGUCGGAUUGGCCCCUGCUGUUGGAGGCCGUUCUGAACGCGAUCUACCAGGAAGUUGAGCGGGAUGUGCUCGUUUUCUUGAGUAAAUUUGUGUAUAAUAUUGCGGAGUUCCCGAAAGGGCGCGCUGCAUUGCGGCCAUGUCGGAGUCAUAUCGAGAAACUUUACGCUUUCACCGCUGAGGGCGAGGAGGCCGAGCUCACACGUCAAACGCUCGCGAAUACAAUUGAGAUUUUAUAUAGGAAGUAA